ACUCCAUCCGUAGAAAUAAAAUAUUAAAAUAUAUGCCACCUUCAUGCCCUAAAUCUCUUUGUUAAUCUCCAAAUCCCAGUUUAUCAUUUCUCCUUUUGCUCUGAUUUUCUCUCUUCUCUCUUCUUUCACUUUCCCUCUCCAAAUCCCAAAUCCUAGUUCGUCACCCCAAAGCAAAACCAGGUCUCCCAGUUUCGACACAAUAUGUUUCCCCCAAAUCAGAAUCGGAUCUAGGUCUCCAUUUGCGGACGAGUAAAUCAGUAGCAAGCAGUGUGCUGCCAAUAGCUUUGGAUCUUUGAUAGGAUUUGCUAAUUGGUAGGCUGUCUUAAAGCAAACAUGAAUGGUUAUGAAGAGGACCUUGAUGAUAGAGCUGGAUAUGAUGACUAUUACAGCGGUGAUGAGGACCUUGAUGAGUAUUGAAGAGGAUGAGGAGGAGGAAGAAGAAAGACAACCUCCAAAGGAAGAACUGGAAUAUCUCGAGUUGCGUGAAAAGAUGAAGGAAACAAUGUGGAAGAACCUGAGGAAAGGAAGUGCCAACGCUCAAUCUUCACAGGAAAGAAGAAGAAAACUUCCUUAUAAGGACUUUGGUUCCUUCUUUGGUCCUUCGCAGCCUGUUAUUUCUUCAAGAGUUAUACAAGAAAGCAAAUCAUUGCUAGAAAAUGAGCUACGGACAGCUAAAAUGUCCAAUUCAAGUCAAAUGGUUUGUGCAAUUGAUCUCUGUUCCUCUUAGUGUUUUAUCAUUUAAGAUGUGCUUGUAUUUAAGAUGUGCUUGUAUAAAGUAUGUAUAAAGCUAUAAAUUAAUUAAGAAACACAGCUUAUACAAA